UGUCAAGGGGAAACUGGAAUUGUUAUUGUGAGUGCAUGGUCGCACUCAGCGUUGAGCUGUAAUCAGAAAAGAUCCACAGAUAUCUGAAAUUUAGUUUGAGGACCUGAAGCAUUUAAGUAUAACAAGCAAAAAACAGAAAAAAUCUCUAAGGAGACAACUACUGAGCUGAGCUGAUAAUGAGGUGGAGAUGUUCCGUCAUAUGCUGGGGAAAACCCUGGGCCUCUUGGGUUACACCAUCCAGUACGGUUGCAUUGCACACUGUGCCUUCGAAUACAUUGGCGAGUUUGUGGUGUGUUCUGGUCCUUCUAUGGAGCCCACAAUUGUAAACCACGAUGUUGUGUUCUCUGAGCGUAUGAGUCGUCAUCUAUUUAAAAUAGAAAAGGGGGACAUAGUAAUUGCAAAAAGUCCAUUCGACCCACAAAUGAACAUUUGUAAAAGGGUUAUUGGACUGGAGGGGGAUAAGAUCUGCACCAGUUCUCCGUCAGAUUUGUUCAAGACCCACACAUAUGUUCCAAUGGGCCAUGUAUGGCUGGAAGGGGAUAACCUUAGGAAUUCCACUGACUCAAGGAACUAUGGCCCAAUUCCAUAUGCCCUGAUCCGAGGUCGUGUUUGCUGGAAGCUCUGGCCGCUGCAUAGUUUUGGCACUCUGAGUGAAAGCCCAACCAAACGCAUCAUUAAAGCUCAGACGGACUCGGACUCGGAUUGACAAACUCAAUUGUUUACUUUUCUGUACUUAGUAUAAACCUCUUUUUAAUAAAAUGGCUGCAUAGCCAA